CCGAUGAUAUAUUAAAGUUAAAGCGUUAUUUGAUUACAGUGAAACAUAGUGAAUAGUACAGAAUCAGAAGAAGAAGAACAUAGGGAGACUUUGGUGAAUAUUUAAUAAACAUACAUUAGAAACAAAAAUGGUGCGAGUUGGCCUACAAGUAUCUGCAAAUCUUGAAAAUAUCGAUGAGUUACAGACGAAUCAUCCAAAUUAUGCUUUUUUUGUAAAAGUGAAAUGCUCCAAUUGCGGAGAGGUAUCAGAGAAAUGGCAUGACAUCACUGAAGCCGAGCGUACUCAAGAAGACUCCCGGAACCCUGAAGGUUUUAAUUUCUACAUUAAAUGUAAAUUGUGUAGUCGUGGAAAUUCAAUUGAUAUUGUGGAAAAGUCUAAUGCAACUUACACUCAAGAUGAUUCUGGCACGUUUAAAACCAUUGUAGUUUUUGAUUGCCGAGGCGUGGAACCGAUUGAAUUUUCACCAAGAUCCGGAUGGAUUGUUCGUGCUGCAGACAAUGGUCAGCAGUUUGAAGAUGUUGAUCUUUCCGAAGAUGACUGGGUAGAAUACGAUCAAAAAAAUAAGAACUCGAUCGGAGUUUAUGAAUUUGCUUCAAAAUUUAUUAAAUUGAAGAAAUAGUUAUGUUGCUUCAAAACAGAAAUGCUGAGUUUGUUUCAGUGUCUAAGAUAUUGCAUUUUGUUGUUUUAAAAUCAAGACGCCAUAUGUUACUGACCGAAUAAUGCUUUUCAAAGUAAGUUCACUUAACUAGCAUCAGUGUAUUGAUUUUGGUCGAAAUCUAUAUAUGUUCAGCAUAUUGUGUAAAUAAAUUUUGAAUAUUUUGUACAUA